UGCUGUUUGUGGGCGACUCGCAUCUGCGUGCGUUGGUUGACCGUUACGUGAGGAUGCCAGACGGUUGCCUUUCGUUUGGGUUCCUGUCUACGCCUGGGGCGUCUGCCGCUGAGCUCCGCACUGAGUUGCUGAACGCAGACAUCCCCAGAACCCCCGACAUCGUUUGCUUGCUGGCUCCAAGCAACAACCUCACGGCGACGCCCGGCAUCGAAGCGGCUGGAGUUGCCUUCGAUGGACUUCUGAGAGCUGCCCGCAGUCGAUGGCCUAAGGUGUUUGUGCUCGAUUUCCCUCCCCGGCUGGCGAGUGAAUUGGCACCGCAACAAUUCCUUCGAGAGGAGUUUCGUCGCGUUGCAGCAAAGAACGGUAUGUAAAAAUGAUUAAGAGAUAAUGUCAGUAUAGAAUAUCUUUGUAGGAAAGCUUUUAGUGUAUCAACACCACCUCUUGGUACCACGUGUAAAAUAUGUAUAUAGUGUAUGGUUUAAUAUUUGUUUUCUUCUGCAGAUGUGAAGUACUGCGUCACAGCUGACCGCUUUCCGCUGGACUCACGUGCCUUGUGGAGUCGUGAUGGGGUAAGUCGUGUUAUAACUUGGCACGUGAGAAAUUCAUGUAAUGUCAUUUUUAUACGGCAAAAGCAGUUUAUUUCAAUAAUAACCCGUGCUUCUCAUUAUAAUAGAUCCACCUGAGCGACGAUCUGGGGAUGCCGCUUCUCGCGAAGCUUCUGUGGCACUUCUCCUUUGGGCAGCUACAGUCACCUCUGCCUGUUACACCUCCGCCUGUGUCUCCUCCCAAGUCACCCCCGACUGUGAGACCCUUUGCUACCACCGUGGUUGUGAAGGGAGAGGUUUCACGUCCACGUCCCCUUGACCCCUUCAAGGAAACUGUCGUCGGACGUCGCGGAAAGCGCAGCCAACCUGAGUCCUGGGAUGCGCCUGAGGACUGGGAUCAGUCUUCCGUGCGGAUCCUUCCUCAUGAGGUUUGUGUGCCUCCUCUGGUCCUGAGGGAGUGCUUUGUCGUGCUAAACCCUAUCCGGUUUAGCACUGACAAGUUGGCUGCAAUGGAUCGCAUUGUUCCAUCCAACCUUGACGUCCCCAUGGGGAAUCGCUCAAAGAAACGGAAGGUGGCACAUGGAACCACGGCUGUGGUCUCCAAAGGAAAGAAGGCCCGCCUUGAGGCACUUCAAACUCCAGCAAGGAUUGCCAAACCUUCGAAGCUGGUACCUCCCCCUCGACCUGUUCCAGAAGCUGCUGUACCAGCUACUCUGGAGGGCGUACCUCCUCCUCGACCUGUUCCAGAAGCUGCUGUGCCAGCCACUCUGGAGGGCAGCGUCUUUGUGCAUUCGAGCAAGUUUGCUCAACCGGAGGGGGAUGACAAGACUCUGUAUGUUGAUGAGUGGCCAUUUCUUCAAACAGAGUUUUGUGAGAAGGUGAACCAGCCAACUGCUCGCGUUGUCUCUGGACAGAGAAAACAAGAGGAGCCAACACCUUGGGGGCCAAAAGUUGUGAUGGCCCAGGCUGAUAAACCAACAGCCAAUGAGACCAGCUUCUUGGGAUGUUCAACCAAGAUGACACACAUUGAGGACCAUGAGCCGUUUGAACCAGCACCUGAGGUCACUGCGAGCAGUCAGCAGCAGAGCCCGCCUGAGGACAAUGGCCAGCUUGAAGAUCCUCAUGUAACACUUGGCAAUCAGAAGGUACUUAUUUUUAACAUGUUAUUCCCUGUUCCUUGCACCCUGUGA